UCGAGCGGGCCUCCUCUUUCUCUCCCUCCCUCCGCCCGGCGCCCCGGGCCGCGUCUCCGCGCGGAGUCAUGUCGGACCUGGCGCCCGAGGAGAGGUCGCCAUCCCCGGGAGAACCCCCAUCGCCGCUUCGGGCUGGGGCUCGGUACUUCUGUACUGUCGGCCGCGGCCUGGAGCCCUUCCUCACGCGAGAGGUUCGAGCCCGCCUGGCAGCAACGGAGGUUGAGUAUAUUUCAGGGAAGGUUUUUUUCUCUACCAAUUCUGGUUUAACAAUGCUGAAACAACUAAAAUCUGCAGAAAGACUAUUCUUGCUAGUUAAAAGGCAACCUCCACUUAUCAUUUCUUCUGGAAGUAAAGGAAAAAUAUGUAAUGAACUUCAAAGACUUGUAACUGGGGAUCCCAUGUGUUGGGUACGUGCUAUUUCAAUUUGGAGAAGUCUUCUUGAAUUGGAAGAAAAACCUCUACCUGAAGUGUCCAUACCCUCCAAAAGGAAAACAGGAGAAAAUGAAAACAUCAUUACCAAGAAGUUAAAGAUAGAACAAACACUAGCAAUACCAGGGGAUACAGAAUGUCAGCUGGAAAAGCAAAAAAAUGACAAGAUAGAGGAGCGUAAAGAUCUGACACCUGAAAACGAAAACUUUCAAGAACAGUCUGAAAAUCAUGGGAAGAAAGAAAUUGAACAUUACCAGGGAAAAUUCACUUUCAGAGUUUCUUGCCGCUGUAGUGGAACAAUUGCAAAAGCAUUUACCACAGAGGAGGUGGGAAGAAUAAUUGGAAUUGCUCUUAUAAAACAGCUUGGCUGGAAGGCAGAUUUGAGAAACCCCAGUAUAGAGAUAUUUAUACAUCUAAAUGAUGUUUACUCCGUGGUGGGGAUUCCUGUUUUCAGGCUUCCUUUGGCAAGCAGAGCUUACAUCAAAGUGGCAGGACUUCGUUCUACCAUAGCUUGGACAAUGGCAUCUCUUGCUGAAAUCAGUGUAAGGAAAAAUGUAGGUGCAGUUGUUUUGGAUCCAAUGUGUGGACUUGGAACAAUCCUGUUGGAAGCUGCCAAGGAAUGGCCUAACGCCUAUUAUCUGGGUGCUGAUGUAAGUGACUCACAGUUACUGGGUGCUUAUGACAAUCUGAAAUCUGCUGGUCUCGUGGACAGAAUAGAAUUACUUAAGUUCUCCGUAACAGAAUUGCCAUUACUUUCUGAAAGUGUUGAUGUUAUUAUUUCUGAUGUCCCAUUUGGAAAAAAAUUUAAAUUAGGAAAAGACAUAAAAAGCAUUCUUCAUGAAAUGGAAAGAGUACUUUGUGUUGGAGGGACUACUGUAUUAUUGCUUAGUGAAGACCUCCACAGGAACCUACAAGAUUUAAAGGAAAGUAACAUCAUAUGGAAUUCUAGUAAGGACAACACAAAUGAAUUCAAAAUUGUAAAGUAUGUGAAUGCUGAAGAAAAACAUGGAAUUGAAGAGAAUGUUUCAUCUUUGUUCCAAGACCAUAGACAAGACUGUUUGGACAAAAGGCCACUUUUUGGCACCUUGGUACAGAUGGAAUGCCACAAAGUUAGCCUUGGAAGAACCGAGGCAUUCAUAUCAAAAUAUAAGAAAAUUCAUGCUUCUGGACUAUAACAGCCUUCUUAAUUUGUUUCAGGUUAUAAGUUUAGCAGUUUAGUUUUAGGUGUACAUUGGUAGAAGACCAGUGAUCUUUAUACCACAGUCCACGUAAGUAAAUUCCAUUAAAAUUAUUCCAUAAAUGAGCAGUGGAAAGACCUGCCACCACUGAAACUAACCUUCUCCUCUUCUCUUCACUCCUUGCCUCUGCCACAGCUUCCAUGAACUUAGCCAAAUGGCCAGUCAGCCAGGAAAACAUGACCACUGGGGCAUCUUUACUCUUUGCUUUCCCUGAGCCCCUCCCCGGUUAGAGUCACCCAGAAUCUAUUGAGAGUACAUUAAUGCUCACAUGACUUCAUUGAGAUGGGAGUCACAAUUCUGUUCUUUCUGAUGAAUUAGAGGACCACUAACCAGGCCUUACAAUCUGCUCUACCAGUACCUCCUAUGGUUAUAUUUGUAAAGCACUUACCACAGGUGCCUGGCACAUAGUAGGUGCUUAAUAGGCCUUAUUCUCUCCCCUCCCAUCCCAUCUUCCCUCUUGUUUGCAUCUAUACCCUCCUGACACCACCCCCACUGUAUCUGACCUGUUAAUGGAACUUAAGGACCAGCUGGGCCUGGCCAUCUGCCCUGUUGAUGCCUCUUAGGAUUUCCAGACCUUCCCAUCCUCACUGCACCUUUCUUUUAGGCAUUGUCACCUCCCCAACUAGAGUGGGAGCUCUUUGAGAGCAAGGACAAUCUCACUUUUGCAUAUGAUUCACCCAUGAUUAACACACUGAGUGUCACAUAGUAAAUGUUUGAUAAAUGCUUUCUCAUUCAUUUCAUUCAUUCAUAGAUCCUCUCUUUAAAAUGUCUGCUUUCAUAGUGCUUUGCUUAUUAAAGAGAUUGAGUGUUUUGUAUUAACUAAAACAUCUUGAAAAUGGUAUUAUAAAUGAUAGAAUUUAAAGAACUGGCACUGGUGCUCUCUCAAAAUAUGAGGUACGGCUCCCCUAAACACUGUUUACUAGGCAGGCAUUUCAUCAAAAAAAAUAAAGAUUUUUGAUAUUUUUAGUAGUUCAAAUUAAGUAUAUUGCAAGCAAGUAUGAUAUAGCACAGAAUGGAUGCUUUAUAUUAUAGCUCAUUUUAUAAAUAGAUUCUUAUUUUCUUAAAUGGAAGAAUAUUCUGUGAAGCUGUUUUGAUAUGAAUCUAGAGUUUUAUACAUCCUGUGCUUUUCUUCUUUGUAAGAAUGAGAAUUAUUUUCAUUUUCAGUAUAUUGUGUCACCCAUAUUAAGGAUAAUGUCAGUGAAUUGAUCGUGCAAAUGUCAGCAGUACCAACAUAUUUAUGAUAA